AUCGACCUGUGUCGUCAUGAUUAGCGACGUCACCAUCCGGGUAUUUCCUCAUCGCCAAGAAUCAUAAGAUUCUGGUGUCUGUCCGUCGGAGAAAAUCGACAGAGUGCGAGCAAUCUUCGGGACCUUGUCCCAGCGCCAUAUUUUCACCACGCCACGUUCUUUCUUUUCCAAAUAUUCCAGCGUUUUUAUGACUUUUUCGCGACAAAAAGUUCUACCUCCGUGCCGUUUGCUCGACACAGGUCAUAAAAUAAAAGAGACUAUAAAAAUCCCAACAACAAAUUUUUAUAUGAAAUUCAGCAAGAAUUGCCGUCCUCGUGAUUAUCGUGGUAAUUUAGGAAGUAUUUGUAGUAGACAUAAACUAUAUAGAAGUACGGCAUCAUGGCUCUCAAUGUCAACAGAAAUGUCUCCGAUCAGUUCUACCGCUACAAGAUGCCACGGCUCAUAGCCAAGGUUGAGGGAAAGGGAAAUGGUAUCAAAACUGUCAUUGCAAACAUGCCUGAAGUUGCAAAGGCACUGGGAAGACCUCCCACUUACCCUACUAAGUUUUUUGGUUGUGAGUUGGGUGCCCAAACACAAUUUGACUUAAAAAAUGAGCGCUUCAUUGUGAAUGGUGCCCAUGACUCUGCCAAACUACAGGAUUUGCUGGAUGGCUUUAUCAAGAAGUUUGUGCUCUGCCCAGAGUGUGAAAAUCCAGAAACCUUACUGAGCAUCAGCCAAAAACGUCAGCAGAUUGGUCAACGUUGCAGUGCCUGUGGUUACACUGGCAUGGUGGAUAUGACACACAAGCUUACCACUUACAUACUGAAGAACCCACCUGAGCCUGAACCAAGCACUGGACUGACACCAAUUAAGAAAGAGAAGCGUAGCAAGAAGGGUAGGUCCAAGGAUGAGAAGGAGAUGAACGGAGGUGAUGGAGAGAACGCCCCCUCCAGUCCUGAGAUCAAAGAACUCAAUGCCCAGGAGCAGAGUGCUGCAAUCCGGUCUGGGGAAGCCAACUUUGAUCAAUCACAACCAGAGACUGAUGGCGGGGAUGAUGCUGAUUGGGGUGAAGAUGUCAGUGAAGAGGCUGUGAAGAAGAGGAUGGAAGAACUGUCUACUGCUGCACAAACCCUGGCACUUACUGAGGACUUGGAGAAAACGCCAAAGGAGAGAGCAGACCUGUUCUAUUCCUUUGUGAAGAACAAAAAGGAGUCUGGCAAUCUUAUCGGCUCUGACAAGGAAAUAUUAGCAGAAGCAGAGAAACUAGAAGUCAAAGACAAGGCACCACUCAUUUUGUGUGAGGUCCUGCUGUCGGAAAAUAUUGUUAAAGAGUUGAAAGAUUACCGUCUAAUUUUCCUGAGGAUCACUAACCAGAACCCCAAGGCCCAGAGGUACAUGCUAGGUGGCGUGGAGCAGUUGAUUGGUAAUGUGUACAGAGAUCAGUUGAUGCCCAAAGUUUGUGGUAUUCUGAAGGCACUCUAUGAUCUAGACAUUGUGGAUGAAGAGGUCAUUCAGGAAUGGGGAAACAAGGUGUCUAAGAAAUAUGUUUCUAAGGCAGUAGCCCAGGAUAUCCACAAUGCUGCAACCCCAUUCCUAAAGUGGCUGAAGGAAGCUGAGGAGGAGGAGAGUGAUGAGGAGGAAGAGGAAGAAGAAGACCUAGAAAUCGAGUAUUCCAACAAGGCCCCGGCUGGUCAACUGAAGACUGAGACCCAAGUUUCGAAGGAGGAAGAAGAGGAGGAUGAUGAUCUGGAUAUUGAUGCCAUUUAGAGAUUUGGCUUAUGACUCAUAAUUUGGUGAAUUAGCCUCCAGAACUUUUCCUAGUGCCUAUGUAUUAUGUUACAUAAACAUGCCUUUCAGAUUAGUAUGUAUUUUAAGGAAAAGCUGGGUUGUACUGAUCAUUUCAGUAAUGACAGAUUUAACUUUCUUUAAUUUUAAGUGCAAAUGCAUUAUUACAUAGCUUGAAUGACUAAAUCUUGCUUCAUAUACAUGAAUUUAGAUGGUGAUUAUAUUUGACAUUUCCUAUGAUGGGUGUAUUAAUAAAGUAUUCAAUAACA